UUCUUAGGAUUCCACUGCAUAUCUUUCCAGCUGAGCUGUAUUAAUCUGUAAUUAUUUCAGUGAGUUCCGUCGCGGUUUCAUUUUGUACUGAAAAUGGCAUUCUCAAGUUUGUAUCCUUCUCGUGGUUGGUGGGAUCCCAGGGAUUACCCGGCCCUACUCAAUGACCCACAUUUCGGCAUGGGUCUUUUUGACAGUGAUCUUUUACCGACAGUUCUUCAUAGAGGAUUCCAUCUACGACCUCGUACUCGUGCCAACAUCGAUUCCUCUGGUUUGUCGGAGAUCAAAAAAGAUACUGACAAGUUCAAGGUAAGGUUGAACGUCAAGCACUUCAAGCCCAAUGAGAUUUCAGUCAAGACCGUUGACAACUUCAUCGUCAUUCAUUGUAAACACGAGGAAAAGAGUGACGAACAUGGGUUCAUAUCCCGUGAGUUUACUCGACGCUACAUGUUACCCGAAGGUGCAGCACCUGAAGCUGUUGUGUCUAAACUCACUCCUGAUGGAAUUCUGACUGUCGAAGCCCCAAGGAAAGUUACUGAACCUUCAAAACCCAACGAAAGAGUUGUGCCAAUUACUUUACAACAGCCAGCUGUAGAAGGUAAAAGUGCUUCUAAAUCUGAAUGAACAUUAAUUUAGAAUAAAUGUGCGGACAUUAUAUUAACAAUAUGUUCAGCUUAAUUGAAUACCUUGUAUUCUGUGUAUUUGUCUAUGAAUUUCAGAUUUGUGAUUAUCUAGCUAAACUUCUGUUUAAAAAGUAUGCGUCGCAUUUCUUUUUGAAAAAUAAAGUUGUUUUAAAACUGA